CCCUUUAAUUUCUUGAACGUGGAAGCUUAAGAGCUUAUCCCUUCCCCCUACUUCCAUCUCUUUUCGAAAAAUCUCUGGUGUCAAGUGGAAAAUGAGCUCACUGCCAUUUGCAGUUGGGACUUACUCUCCCAGAAACCUCAGCAAACCCCAUUCCAAACUCCUAGCAAAGAAUGUGGAUAAAGCAGUUACCAGUAUUAAAUGGUCAAGCAACAAGCAAAACAUCUCUCCCAUUGAGCAGCUAAAUGAGAAUCCCAGGGUUUUCCAGAGAAGGGAAGCAGUUGGUUUUGGUCUUUGUUUUGGCCUGCUUGAAGCUGGGCUGUUGCAGCUGCCACAGCCCAGUGCAGUUGCAGAAGAAGCUCCCUGUGAACUAACUCUAAGCCCGUCUGGCUUGGGUUUCUGUGAUAAAGUUGUAGGGAAGGGCCCUGAGGCUGUUAAAGGACAGCUGAUAAAGGCACAUUAUGUUGGGAGAUUGGAGAAUGGGAAGGUCUUUGAUAGCAGCUACAAUCGUAGAAAGCCUCUUACAUUCCGCGUCGGUGUUGGUGAGGUCAUCAAAGGCUGGGACCAAGGUAUAUUAGGUGGUGAUGGAGUUCCUCCCAUGCUUGCUGGGGGAAAACGAACAUUAAGGCUUCCUCCAGAACUCGGAUACGGUACUAGAGGAGCUGGUUGUAAAGGAGGUUCAUGUAUUAUUCCUCCAGAUUCAGUUCUCUUAUUUGAUGUGGAAUUCAUUGGCAAAGCAUGAAAGAGCUUCCUCUUCUCUCCAAAUCCAAUGGAAAGGCUUGCAAAUAUGCUGUGGUGAUCUUUUUCUUUUGGUGGUGAAGAAUGAGAAAUUUUACAAGAAAUCACACUUUUAAUCCUUCUUUUUAAGUUUUGUAGUUGUUAUGAAUUAAUUGAUAUUUAUUGUUAUGACAAAACCCUGUCUUAAUAUUGUAUACAGAACAAAGAGUUUACAGAUAAAUAAAUAAUAAUGAGAUUCAUGGAUGUGGCUACUA